AUGCAUCUUGUGGAACAGAAUUUUCUAAUCAGCAUGCUAAGUACCCUUGAAAAGAGAUUCAGUCUGAGGACCACGGAGCUUGGUUUAAUUGCCAGUGGGUUUGAGAUUGGCAACCUUUUGGUGAUCCUUUUAGUGAGCUACUUUGGUGGAAAGGGUCACAGACCAAGACUUAUAGGCUGUGGUGGAAUUGUUAUGGCUCUAGGUUCACUUCUUUGUGCGCUGCCUGAGUUUGUGAGCCAUCAGUAUGACUACCAGAAGGUGAAAAUAUCCACCUCACGAGACACCUGCUCUGUUGGCAAAUCAGCUGUGGAAAAAGAUGCUGAAACAGGGAGUUGUGAGGAGACACGGUCAACAAAUACAUUGUACUUGCUGGUCGUUAUAGCUCAAGUUUUAGUUGGCAUCGGGGCCUCAUCAGUUCAGCCUCUGGGUGUUUCCUAUAUGGAUGACCAUGUCAAAAGAAAAGAUUCUUCUCUUUACUUAGGUAUAAUUCUCACCACAACGUUGUUUGGUCCGCUUCUAGGAUUCCUAAUGGGUGCUAUGUUUACCAAGGUUUAUGUUGAUGCAAUAUUCAUUGAUACCGAGAAGCUCGACAUCACGACGGAUGAUCCCCGAUGGAUAGGUGCCUGGUGGGCUGGCUUCCUGGUCUGUGCUGCCCUGCUGUUCUUCUCUUCCUUGCUGAUGUUCGGCUUCCCCCGAGCCAUGCCCCUGAAGCACUACCCAGAGACAAGGCUCUCCAAGCUUUUGCUUCCUAGCAUGGGGCCCCAGCAACCAGGAAACCCUGUGUCUGAACAAAACAGGCCGAAGGAGAACAGAGAAAGUCAAGCCUGCUGUCACCAUUCCAUCGCCAUAUUGAAUGUAACUAAGCAGCUGUUCAAGAACCCAGUAUUCACAUGUAUUGUACUGGCUGCCUGUAUGGGACUUGCCGCCAUUGGAGGGAUGUCAGCAUUUCUGGGAAAAUAUCUGGAGUCUCAGUUUGGAUUAAAUGCCUCUUAUGCUAAUCAACUCAUAGGAAUUGCAGCCAUUCCCUGUGUGUGCCUAGGGAUGCUCCUUGGUGGAUACUUGGUGAAAAAGUAUAACCUUACCCCUGUGGGGAUUGUUAAGCUUGGAAUGACUGCCAACAUACUGUGCUCUGCUGCAUUUGUGUUCUUGCUCUUUCUUGGGUGUGAAACUGGACCAGUGGCAGGAGUAACUGCUGACUACAGCAAUGGUAGUGAAUGGAAACUUCCAAGGAAUCUCACAGCAAGAUGCAAUGAAGGCUGCCAGUGCAAUUUUGAGACGUUAAAUCCUAUCUGUGGCUCUGAUGGCACUACAUAUCUCUCUCCAUGUUUUGCAGGAUGCAUUGAUGCAAACUUCACAUCCUGUGCCUGUAUACAUUCUGGAGUUGCUUUACAUUCUACUGCCAUUCCAGGACAAUGUCCAAGCUCUGGCUGCCAAAGUACUUUUCAUGUGUUUUUUACUGUAUUUUGUGCUGGAUGCUUCAUUGGAGCCAUGGGACACACUCCAACAGUAGUUAUUCUCAUUAGGGCUGUGCAUCCCCAUUUGAAGUCAUACGCACUUGGAAUCCAGUUUCUGUUGCUCAGGGUUCUUGCCUUUAUCCCAAUGCCUCUAGUGUUUGGUGCAGCAAUUGACUCCACCUGCCUUGUGUGGUCAGAAUCCUGUGGGAAGCGUAGAACUUGCUCUGUGUACAACAACGAAACAUACAGAUAUCUCUACUUCAGCAUCUGUGUGGGACUGAAGACUGCAGCUUUCAUUCUGAUGACAAUGGCUGGUCAAUGCAUUAAAAGCAACCCCAAGAAAUAUCUUCAGGGAGAUGAGGACAGCACUGAAAAACUGACUCCCACAGAAUUGUUUGCGUCUACCUUGGCAUUGGACACAGUAGGAGCUACAAAAUCAGCUGCCGCAAGGACUACAUUUAUUUACCACCUAGGAGACAAUGAAAUGUGUGAGAACAUAGAGUCUGUCCUUUGAAAAUGAGAUAGAACAUUGAACUAUACCAAAUUUGGACAAUAACGUAGUAAAAAAUGAACACUGAAGGGAUUCUCUGAGUUCGGUAAAUUCCAUCUGUGACUGGAAUUUAGUCCAAAGACUUUCUUAGAGAAUUUCUUUUGAUACUCAUGAUAACAUAUUCCUCACACUAAAAGCAUCUGUGUGGGACUAAAAGGCAUAUCAUUGAUAAUGUGUAUAUCAAUGUAUACUGUUGCACAAUGAAGAUGCAACAGUUUUCCACCAAUAGUUCAUUGGCAGAUAGGUUUCGCGAUUUUUCUCAAGAAAUAAUUAUUUCAAGCCAUGUGAUUUCAGAAAAACUAAGUAAGUAACUGUAAGUGCUCAUUAAAGCCAAAUGUGCUGUAAUGAGUUGAUUACAAUCUGCAUAAACAGACAUUAUUAAAAAUAGUAUUCUAUUUAACAUAAGAGCAGUACAAUAUACUGUACUAUCAUCUCCUACUUUAGCAUAAAAUUUAGCCUUAUUCCUGUCAGAAUGAUGUAGGUUUCUGUCAGUAGCUGUCUAGAAAAUAAGAUGUCCUGUCCCAACAGUCAGUUGACAGAAUCAAUGAGAUCAGAUUUGUGAGGGACAGGCUACAUCAUGGAAAGCAGUAGGUCACCACACAAGCCUGUCUGAUCCAUCUGCUUAAUUGUUUUCAAAUUUCAAUGACUACAGCACGAGACAUUCCAGUAACACACACACAUUAUCAGAGUGGCUGCAGAUUGUCAUGUACAUAAAAUGAUUUUUAAUUUAAUCUGCACUAAAAUUAUUGGAGGACAUUCAGGAGAAACAUUACAAUUACAGUUACAGGAGCAAUUGAGGAAUUAAAUUUAUUCUAUGGGCCAGAUAAAAUCUGAGGUGGAAGCAAAGAGUAUUCUGAAAUGUUUUAUUCACUGAAUACACCUUUGGUGUAGGUGGGGUGCAACCUUACUACUCAGUGAUAUAUUGACAAAGGUCUUGAAUCAAACCAUUUCUGCAAGCCGGCUCAUAAGAAUUGAUAUUCCAGUUGAAAAAUCCAAGGCCACUAUUGUGUUAUUAUAUUAUAUUGGCAGUACAUCAGAGAAGAAUGUUUGGAAUCCUAUAGUGGGUGAAUCUUUCUCCUGAUCUGAGUCCAGUACAACACUUGUGGGACCAAGUUGCAACACCAUCAAAAGCAGACAACUACCAGCUGACAGAAUUGUGUGACAUCUUACAGCACCAUUCAGAGGCUGACCAAAUCUAUGUGUCAGCACUGUCAGGAAUGUCUAAAUGCGUAGAGAUCCCAUAAGCAACACUAACUGUAUGCUUGCAUGUUGAAGUGUUUCACAUUUCCUACUUAAAACCCAUCAUGAUUAUUUGGCAAAUCCGUUACUCAGAGGUGUAGUAAUUUAUUUGUAUCAGCUUAUUUUUUCAUAAGAAGAAAGAGGGGAAAUGUUUAUUUACAAUCAAGUAAAUGCCAUCAAAACAUGAAAUACAUGCCAAUCAUAUUGUAAUCUUGAAGUACUGUAAAACUCUAAUUUUAUUUGUUUUUCUGUUUGCAUUUCCAUGUUAUUGUCACUACAAGUAUGUAAGUAAUAGUACUGUAUAUUAAUAGUAUACAUAAACAUUAGCAAAACCCAAAAAGAAACAAAAGGUGCUGUGUAUUCCAUGUAUGCAACAGCUUUUUAGUUUCAACAGUGUCCUUGAUUGCACAUUGGAAAUGGAAGGUUGAUCAUAACACUUUUCUAUAAAAGAAAAAAAAAUAGAAACUAAUGUUAAGGAGCUGAUUAUAUACUGUGUGCAUUCCUAUAUUCCUUUACAGGGAAUUAAUACAUUGAUUAUUAAACACAUAAAUCAGCUAUAUACUGUAAAUCUGUCUCCAGAGUGGAAUUCCAAUAUCAAUUGAUCACAAUUGCUUGUUGGUAUAGAUUCUUUGUUCUGGUGAGACUGGUUUGCAGUUGUCAGAUAACUUUCUACUCUGUUGAUUAUUAAAUGCUGUUGACAAGUCAUGUGCAAGCAAAGCUUAAUUUUGUACAAAUUGUGAGCUACAGUAACAGAAUGGCUGUAACAUACAGGUGUUAUACUGUACAUUGAGUGUAUUUUAAGAUGUUCAAAGCACACCAAACUCUUUAUAAGAGGUAUAAACCAUUGUACAACUAGGAUGUGAAUGUACUUCUUAGUCUGGCAAAUAACACCUAAUAGAAUCAUGCAGAGUACAACAACAAUGGCUAAAUGUCCUAUCAUGACCACUUACCACCUACGACUAAUCGGAAAUUAGACACAUGCUGCUGUAAAAACAUCUGUCAGGGAGCACUUCUUUUGAGAUGCGUGACUCACCAUGAUAUUUAGCUCAACACAGCCCCUGCUGACAUAUUCUAAUGUCAUUUCUAGAUAUUUUAAGGUUUGCUUUAUUUAUCGCAAAGCUUGGCUGAGUGGAAAUCCAUGCACUGCAAUAGUUUAACAACAGGCACUUUUAAUUACAUGGUAAACAAAGCUGAUGACUUUUGAUAUUGUGUACAGUAUGUGGAAUGAUAAACUGUUUUGAAAGUCAUGAAACACAUGAAAAUGUUUUGAAAUAAGACAUUUUUAGCAAUAUUGAGGAUAAUGAAUUUAUUCUCAUUUUUACAAUUACUAAAGAUAUGUUUACAAGUACAAUAACGUUACUUCCAUUGCCUGUGGAAAUACAGUGCAUUAUUUUACUUCAUUGUAUUGGAGAAUAUAUUGUAUAAUGUGAAUGCCUACAGGAAGGCAUUACCAUCUGUUUACAGUUUAAUUCUGUUAUAUUCCUGUGGUCGAUUUUAUAUUUUGCAUCUGCGUGUUUUAAGAUCAGUGGAUAAAAGACUGUAGCUCUGCUAUAGUUUGUAUUGUCAAUGUGAAAUGUAGCAUUGUAAUGAAUUAAACAUGACAGUUUGCUGUUUCGAAGAUGCAGCAAAACCUU